ACUGCUGAUUUGCGAGUCAUAACUCACUUCCUGCCCUUUGCACUAUGAGCUUCCUCGUCAUAUCCAGCAAUGGUGUCAGACGAGAGAGGAGCAUCUUGACACACAGCGUCCUUGAUUCCAUGUCAGGCUGAGCCCUCGGUAUAAAAACUGAUACGGGCAGAUUCCUUGGCAGAGGCAACUUAGCCCAGUUCUUCGGCAGGACUCUCAGGCACCAAGCAUCUUGAGACCACCUCCAUCCCUACUCUAAUUCACUUCCAUCCAUUAAUUUCUCUUUGUCACUCGAUCAAGACCAACAGAGACAGCAAUGGAGGAGAAAGGUCCACAUCCAGGGCUAACCAGGGUGCUUCUCUUCCUGGUGGCCUGGUUGGCCGUGGCCAGUGCAGAAAGUUACCAGAAGUUCCUGAGGCAGCACGUUGACUACCCAACGACUGAGACCCCUGACCCCCAGCGUUACUGCAACCUCAUGAUGAGGCGCCGCGACAUGGCGACCUCCACGCACUGCAAGCACCUCAACACUUUCGUCCAUGUGGACACCUCCCAGAUCCAGGCCGUGUGCGGCCAAGCCGGAGAACCCACCACAGGCGACCUCCGGGAAAGUGAUGCCAGCUUCCCCCUCACAGUGUGUGCCCUUCAGAGGGGUUCUUGGGCCCCUGACUGCAAUUACAAGGGGAAAAAUAGCACUGAAAGGAUCAUCAUUGCUUGUGAAGGUGGCUACCCAGUCCACUUGGAGACAGAAGUCCCAAAUUACGCAGGGCUGGAGCUGUGACAUGCGGGGCCCAUGAAAGCAAUCCUGAUAUAUAUCUUUCUCCCAUUUCCCUCGUGCUGUUUCUUCUAUUAACUAAGAAUAAAAUCUCACUUUAAUUUACAUUUUCCAUCUUUAUCAUCAAAGUAAAAAAUAAGCUACACUGAACAUAGCCUUGCCUCCAUUUUUUUCUCUUUCUCAUUUCCCUCCUACCAUUCCAUCUCUUAUACUAAGAUUAAGAAGAUCUCAUUUUAGUCCAGGUGUUCCCCUUUUAUCUUUAAAAUAAAAUAAACUGAAUUUAAUAUUGUU